UCCCAUUUCCCAGAAUGCUUCGGGAGCCUCCUGCGAGUCUGGGGCGCUUCGCCCCCGAGUCAUUCAAAGAAGACAGGCGCACAGCGCUGUGCGAUGGGAGUCAUCUCGUGAGGCCCGUCUUCCAACGCUCGCGCCUGCCUCCUGCGGGUCUUCAGCUUGCAGCCCACAGCGUUGCGUGGGAGCGUUUGCAGACGUCCACCAGAGCCCAGUUCCUCGCUCCCCUAUCCCUCCUUGCAGGGUGCGUCUCCACGCCCCUGAGCCCUCAGGGCCCCCAGGCUCCAGCUUUACUGGGAGGUGGUAGAGGGACAUUCCAAGAAAAAGACCACAAUGCAGGAGAAGACACCGGCCCUGAGUCCUUCCCCCAAAGCUUGAGGGCAGCCCCAGCACCUGGCAUUGCUGGUGCAACGAUUCCAACCUGGCUGGGCAGAGACGACUGCAGUGAAGUCAGCGCAGAGAAAAAAACAGCAAGGAAGGAGCUGACCAUGGAGGGCUUGUCUCUCAUGUUUGAGGACAGAGGACUGCUUUCUCCUCCGUCAGCUGGUCUUCCUCAAGACAACAGUAUAGAGGAGAAGGAGGAGGAGGAGGGAAAGACUUCUGGAUUCUGCUCUGCCCAGGUUCAGGAGUUGGUGACAUUCAGGGAUGUGGCUGUGGACUUUACCCAGGAGGAGUGGAGACGCCUGGAUCCUGCCCAGAGGGCCCUGUACAGGGCUUCCUGUUUCUAAAGUGGAUGUGAUCUCCCUGUUGGAGAGAGGGGAAGCCCCGUGGUGGCCCAAGGGAGGAGGCCUUUGUCAUGAUUCUCAUAGUUGGCAGACCACGUUUGAAACCAAGGACUCAAAUGUAAUUCAGGGCAUUUGCAUGGGACCAUCAGCAAAGAAAAG